UUAAACCUACACAACAACUUUUGCAGUAAAGACAUUGUUUUCACUUCCCUUUUCUCAAGACAUAUUUAAAGGUUGUUCUCUAGUAUUCUGCAUGAGACUGUAGCGGUCUAGGUGUUGACAGAAGUACAGACCUCUCCCUCCGGAGAAGCACAGAGGUCUGGCAGGAAGACAGUUUUUAAACACAGAACACUGUGAGCUGUCCUACUUCACUUUGACUGGCCUGUUCUUCACUUGUAUAGUCCAUUUUGGUUUCCUAUCAGCUGGUCUAACACCAAGAAUGACGUUUGUGUUUUGGGUGUGGAGGCCCGGUGUGAGUGUGCUGCUGCUCUUGUGUGUGUGUGACGGAGCAGAAGGGGUGAUCAGGCGUCACUGUGACUGCUAUGAGGAGGAUCUGUAUGUACAGAAAGACAUCGGAGGGUUCAUACAAUGUUCCCUUAAGCCUGGCCUGGGACCCUAUGCUGAGUGCACAGAGAUCACUGACCUCAGGUCUGGGCUGGAGGAGGUGUUUCCUGAUGUGCGUUCUCUUUGUAUCCUUCACUCCUCCUCCUCCCUGCCUGCAGACGCCUUCUCUCACAUUCCCCUCCUGGAGCACCUCUAUUUGGAUGGCUCACACCUGGCAAAGGUGACCUCAGGGGCCUUCACUGGUCUGCCCAAACUAAGGUUCCUCCACAUCCUCGUCUCCUCCUCCUGGGGGGGAGUGAACGUCACUCUGGAGCCAGGGGUGUUCCAGGGCCUGUCUAGCCUGGAGGAGCUCACCCUGGCUGGUAUGAGUCUGGCCCUGGCCCCCCCUGCUCUGCUGGAUCCCCUGGUACGGGUGAGGAGCCUGAGGGUGGACAGGGCUGGAGCGAGAGACCUGGGGGAACUGUUCUGUCUCCUCUCCCCUGGGAUGGAGAAACUAGAGACCCUGGAGCUGCCUGGCAGCAUGGUCAGCUCCAUCCAGAACGGAGGCUGCUCUGGAUCCAAUCCGUGGCCCACAGUGCUCCUGUCCAGGAUCCGGAUCCUGGACCUGAGUGGAAACCCGGUGCGAAGGGUAGAGCCGAAGUCUCUGUCUGUGUUCCAGAACCUGUCCAGUCUGUCCCUGUCUAUGGUGGAUGUCUGGGUGGGCCAGCUGUGGGGGUCUGGCAUGGGGAGGGUUAACAAGCUCUACCUGUCCAGUUAUACCUUGAGACAGUUCACCCCCAGCCUGUCUGACCUGUGUACUCUGGUAGUAAAACAUGGAGUGGAGUCCUUGGAUCUGCACCUGGCCCUGAUCACAGCCUUCACUGCAGAGGUCAUGAAGAGGUGUGGUCCUGGUCUGAGGCAGCUGUCUGUGACUUCUGAGGAUCUGUCUGGUAUGGAUCUGGGGUUCUGGACUGGUACCGGUCAGAUACAGGGUCUGAUGAUGGUCCUGACCAAGCUGACCAAUGCCUCGUUCUGCUCAGCAGGGGGAGGGAGGGUGUGGAACCUCACCUCUCUCAUUCUCCAUGAGAACCACCUCACUGAGAUCACCACUGAUCAGUUCUCCUGUAUGCCCCUGCUGGAGCGUUUGGAUCUGAGUGAGAACCAUAUCUCCUCCCUGGCCCACCGGGCUCUCCAGGGGAUGCCGCUCCUCCGCGUCCUCGACCUCACCCACAACAAAAUCUCCAUGCUGGGAGAAGACGACUUUGAGGGUCUGCCUGCUCUAGAGGUUCUCCUCCUGGAAGGGAACAAGAUCUCAGGGGGCAUCGCUCAUGGGGUGUUCCGUAGACAGCAUCGACUCCAAGACCUCAGCCUGGGAGAGAUAGACAUUAUCUACCAGCUCUACCUCAACAUGCUGUUCCUGGGCUUCCCCACCAAGCUCCAGCACCUCCUCAUCGACACAGGCCCAGGAACCUACCUCACCGUAGGCCAUGUUCCCGCUCCUGAGUUCCCCAUGGUCCUGGAACUCAGAGGGAAGAUGAUCCAGUCCUCUGACUGUGAAAACAACAUGUUCCCCAUGGUCCGAGAGCUGAAGGUGGGCGAGGGGACAAAAUUUGACUGCAACAACAUUUUCCUGGCCCCCUACUUCCUCAACCUGGAGUCGUUUGAGUUCUCAGCCAACCCUGAGAAGUUUACCACCCCCUACACCACCAUCAACCAGCUUCGAAAGCUGAAGAGGCUCAAACUGACCAACCUCAACUUCUCCAACCACACAGACCCCAGUGUUACCUUCAGGAACCUGACGGAGCUCAGGAGCCUAGUGCUGAUCAACUGUCGACUCAACUUCCUCACCAGGUCCAUGUUUACAGACCUGGUGUCUCUACGUGUUUUGAGGCUGUACAGUGAGAGCCCUCUGAUCCUGUUGGAGGGGGUCUUCAUUCCCCUGCUGUCUCUCUCCACGCUGGUCUUUGACCAGGUCGACUUCCGCUGUGACUGCUCCAACGGCUGGCUUCUGGACUGGGCUGACAACUCUCGCAAAACACAGGUGGUGCUCCUGCAGCGACAGCAGUGCAUCUGGCACUACCAACGACUCAACUUCCUGUCCACCAUGGAGCGCCUCUGCCAGACCGAAGACGACUUCCUGUCCUACGUCUCCACAACGGCCACUGUGUGCAGCCUCCUGUGCUUGGCGCUAGGAUACCGCUUCCUCCACUGGCCCUGUGUCGUUCUAUUCUUUCGUCUGAGAGGAUGGGUGGAGCGACGUGUGGGGAGGAGGUGGUGGAGGAGGAAGAGGAGGAUGGGGGGACAGUGGGAGGAGCUGAUAGAGGGGGAAGAGGGAGAGGAGAAGGAGGAAGAGGAGGUGAGGUAUGAUGCGUUUGUGUCGUUCAGCAGUGGUGAUGAGGCGUGGGUACUGGGAGAGAUGGCCCCGAUGCUAGAGGAGGGGGAGCCACGACUACGACUGUGUCUGCACCACCGAGACUUUGAGGUAGGGAAGGGCAUUGUGGAUAACAUCGCUGAGAACAUCUACUGCAGCAGGAGGACGGUGUGUGUGUUGACCAGACGCUACCUGAGGAGUGACUGGUGUGGCCUGGAGAUGAGAGUGGCCACACACCGCCUGUUGUCUGAGCACAGCCACAGACUCAUCCUCAUCUUCCUAGAACACAUCUCCCCCUUCGAGCUGUCCGCCUUCCACAGACUGGCUAAGCUGGCCAGAACCCGGACCUACCUGGACUGGCCCCAGGAUGAGGACGAGAGGGUAACGUUCUGGGAGCGUUUACGCCGAAACAUCGCAGAGAGAGACGCAGACGAACUGGUGAGAGAAAGGGUCAGAUCAGACAUCGCAGAGAGAGACGCAGACCAACUGCAUGAUCCUCCGGAAACAUCCUGAAGUCAUCUGCAUGUUCCACGUGAUGUUCUACGUUUAGAGAGAGAGAGUGUUCGCUACUGAUCUCAGAUUAGGGUGCCGUCAAAGGACUCCUUUCUGGACUUUGUUUUUGCAUAAUAUUUUGACAUUGAUUUCUUUGCCUUCCAUUUAUCAGACGCUCUUAUCCAGAGCGACUUACUGGGUUAAGUGCUUUGCUCAAGGCCACGUCGGCAUAUAUAUUUCACUUAGUCGGCUCUGGGAUUUGAACCAGUAACCUUUCUGUUACUGGCCCAAUGCUCUUAAACGCUAGGCUACCUUUCCUUUGUCUCCUUUCUUUCAUUCACUGAUUGUUCAAUUAACUGUUCUUGGAUCUGUGCUGUGUGUAUUUGAGCACAAAGACAACAUUAAUAUGCUAAACAUUCUCCCUUGGAAACAACACAUUUCAAUUGGUUAGAUAUUGUUUCCAUUAUAUGACCAUUUGUUUUAAUACAUGUUGCAGUCUGUAACUCAUUGAUGCAAUGUGAUUUUACAGUAGCUUUAUAGUGCAACACUCCUCCCAUCUAAAGCAGAGACCAACAUAGUAUAGUUGCUGUCUCAGCUAUACUGACUAAAAUGUGUGUGUGUGUGCAUGCUUGCAAGAGUCCUUGUCUGUGUGUGUGUUUGAAAGUGGUGUAUGCUGUCUACCUGCCCUCUCCUCAGUAAGUCCCAGGGCCUGUUGGUUCUAACCCUCUGCAGCAGAAGGACAGUGUCUUGUCAUCACUAGAGAUCCAUUGCUACAGGCUGAGAGAUGAGGGUUAAUAAGCCAUCCUGGUCUGUGUGAGAGCUGCUGACUAAUCAUGCUGAUGAUGCAUUUCUACAGUGUUGCGUGAAUAAAUGGGGACGUGUCUUUUAGAUUUGGAAUAGUCUAAACCUUCAGACAAAGCCCUGUGUGUGUGUGAGUGUGAGUGAGUGUGAGUGAGUGUGAGUGUGAGUGUGUGUGUGUGUGUCUCAUUUUCAAAUCCAAAGAUAAUAGAGUCGUGUUGGACGUAUGUUUUUGUAGUUAUAUCCUCAUCGCUGUAUUUGCUCAAUUAUUAAACGGACAUUCAACUGCAAUGGAAUGAAA